CUGCCGGGAGCUGCUACGCAAAGAGCUACCGAGAGCAGAGGGCGCCUCCGAGCGAAGGAAGGCAGCGAGAGAGAGAGCUGGAAACAUGCCUCUGUCUAAGGGCAACCUCCUUCGGUCUCCCUGCAGCAGGAAGCUUUGCAGAAACCUCUUUGGACCAGUUGAUCAUGACCAGCUUCAAAAGGACUUCCAGUCCUUGAUGAAGGCCCAGCUGGAGGAGGCUCAGCAGAAGUGGAACUUUGACUUUGAAUCGGAAACUCCACUUGAAGGGGACUAUAAAUGGGAAAAGGUCUCUCAUCUAAACAGGUUGCCUUCUCAAGAUCUGCUGAGCCCCACAAAGGAAAACAGUUGUGCCGGUGAAAAGAACUUGAGCUCCUCCCCAGUGCUUCUCAAGAUGCACACAAAGACAGACAGGCCAACGCAAGUGGGCUUUGAGGCUCGCAAGUCUUCCAAGCGAAAGCAGACAACUAUCAAAGACUUCUACAGCUCCAAGCGGAGAACUGUCCCCUGCAAGUCAGACCCAUGAUAACUACACUGCAAGCAAAAUGCAUCCACGCAGUCUCUGGGCUAAAGGAGCUGACCUGCCUUCACCGCUAUUAGCUGGAAUGGCCGACUUGGACACGACACUCAGUGCAGGCAGCAGACUUGACUGUUUGAAGGAGCAGCUAGUUAGAGUAAUGACUUCUGCUCUGAGGCUCUUACUUUACAUAAAAACUAUGUAGCGGACUAGUGUAACACUUCAGAAGGAUGUAGAGUUAUUUUCCUUAUUUAUGAUGGCACUGGAGCUUUAUGUGCAAUGGAAUAUAUUGUAAAGCCUUAUCCUAAAAUAGACUUAAGUUGCUGGGGGAGAUGCUUAAGCAUGAUGGCAAGAGGGAAGGAUCAGUGCAAGUACUGCUUGUGGCUGAGAACUUUCACACACCUGUCUCAGGUAUGAGUCACUUUGCAGGUGCAAGGUCUGAAGGAUUGUAUUUUCCUAGGUCUGUGAUCUUGCUUUCUCUGUGUUGUUUUUUGUCCUGCUAGGUUUAAAGGAAUAUGGUGAGGGGGGAAGAAAAAAGACUUCCAAUCCAGAAAGCUAAUCCAUUCAUUUACAAAGAUGAAGAUCUUCCUACUGUGGACAGUAGUAUCACAAAUCAGUACCAUUACUGUUGCAGGAAGGAUUCCAUUAUCAGACAAUACUGGAUAGUGUGUGAGCACUGUAACUUCCUUCCCCUUCCUAAAACUAUCGAAUAAUACUGUUGACUCAAGUCAUGCAAAUAACACUAGCCUUAGGGGGGAAAUGUAGCCAGUGGGAACCAGAAGUUUGAGCUCAGAAAUAUUACUCUACUUCUGCCAUGCAGCCUGUAGGCACAUAUUGCCAGCAUAGCGACUCAUCCAUCCUUCGACAGCAUACAGCCUUUGGUAUGGUACUAAUUGGUGAGAAUAUUGUGGGAUUUGGGUUCCCAGUGAGUGCUAGCGAGGCUUGAUAAGACAUGCCCAUGGAGUUUCCAUUGCCUCUGGAAACAUGGUUCACUUGUGACAUCUCUCUCUAGCAUGAAAUAAUGAUAAAGGAUUUAACUUGUGUUUUCUUUCCAUGCUUUCUGCAGCUACCUGUGAUCUUGCCAGCUUUCCUUUACCCUUUUAAAAUUGGAAAGUAAAUUGCUUAAAGCUUAAGCACAUCUACUUGGUGCAAGACAAUUAAACUCACAGCUGUUCCUGUCUGAAUUUGGGACCGAUAUUUCAGUUAUUACUGGCAUCUUAUUGCCAGAAGCACCACCUGUUAAUAUUGGGUGCAGUGUUUAACACUGGAAUCUGAAAUGUAGCCUUUUGCCAUGUGCAAGUCAAAUCAGACUUUCAUGUGAAUCAUCACAAUGUUCCAAGUCAAAUCUAACUUUGCCUUUAUUGUUCUACCCCUUUGCAACGGGUUCUUUACCGCUGCGCUGCUGGAAUAGCACCCGCUGCUGAAAUCUUGAAUCUUUCAUCGCGGUGUGCUUUUUGGGAGCUAUUGCUUUAUUCCAGAGGCUGGAGCUGGGUUGGAACACUUGGACCUCCUGAGGAUCGCAUUUUAGUUAAACGAAGGGUGUGUCCCAUUUAACUGCAUCUGUUUUGCAAGAGUGGUGGGGAAAUCCCUACAGCCGUGGGAAAGGAUUAAUGCUAGCACAUUACUGACGGGCACAAUUUUGCCUUUGACAGACAACGCAGGAGCAUAUUCGUGCUUUGUUCGGCACCUUCAUCUUUUUUCCUCCAAGAGAAAGUUGCGGGUGGGGAGAUGUCAAGCACUUGGCCUAGUGGGUUGUUUGUUGUUAUAGGCCUGGGAUGGAGGGGGGGGGAAUGUAGCAGCUGAAAUUGGGAGUACUAUCAGCCAUACUGUAUUAGACUAGUUACAAACAACAGCUGUGGCUUGUGAGCAAGAUGUUGGAAGAAGACCUAUCUUACCCAGAAGCACAGCUUUGGGUACUUCCUUAAGAUAGUAUGUUUGCCUGUGGAUUUCUGACUUUUCUAGAGUUGCCAUGGACAGGCCUGGCCACUUCGGACCACUGCACUUCUACAUUCAGGGUAAUGCGUAAUGCUAGGACUCUCGGCACUAAUCCAUUUGUUUGUGAAUAUAAUGCUGCUGAACUGACUUAAGUAUAGACCUUAAAAUAAAAGCUGUUUCAUAAUGGA